UCCGGCCUGGGGGUGGUGUUGUUGGUGUUGGUGGGGAUCAUUUACACGCGCGCGUGUGUGCUUGUCUGUAUAUAGAAGGUCGUCGGAGCAAUCCGGUAGCUGAAGACCGAUAUGGCGUAAAUAAGACGAGACUGCGCGGAGGCGGAAAAGUUACUGGUUUGGGGCCCCUCCUCCUCCUCCUUUUAUUCGACUCACGCCGAGACACCUUCCCCCCCCGCCACCCUCCGCCCCGCCUCCUUGUCGCUAACUAGAAAAAGGAUGCCGUCUCUUGCCCAGGCUGAGAGAUCGCCUCGGGGGACAGGAAGGGACCCACCACCCUCGGGGAUCAAGCUUUCUCCAGCGACUGCCCAUUGAUAUUGAUUGAUUGAUUGGCGCAAGAGCGUCGUUGAAUUGCAAGAGCGUCGUUGAAUUGCCUUGGCGGAAGCCAGCGAGCGUUUAGAUGCUCAGGCGGAGAAGGCACAGUCCGAGGGGGGUGAGGUGGGGUCUUAAAAAAAAACAAAGGAAGAUGAAGGGGUCGAUUUAGUGGUCGUUGCAUGGAAAAGCAGCCCCGGUUGCUGCGCGCGAAGUUGGCAGAAACCGGCGACUUUGCUUUCGGGGGCUGGGAAUGCUCCAGUGCCUGGAGAGAGCGAGAGCGAGAGAGCAGCUCUUUUGCUUCGAAAAUUGAAGAAUUCCUCCAAGCAUCGGGAACCGCAAGGGAAGUUUGUGACUUGAAGAGCCGGCGAUUUGCUCGGUUUUUGCUGGUUGGACAAAGCAAAAAAAAAAAAGCAAAGUAAAGGGGCGGGGGCGGGGGCGGCGGAAUGAAGUUCAAGUUUUGCCAAAGUGUCCCACUGGCUGUUCCGGCCGCUUUUCUUUGCCGCUCUUAGGAAGCCGUCGACCUUUGCCCGGUGCCCCUCCUGACUUCUCGUCUAGCUCGCGGUUCCUGUUCCCUCUCCCCUCUGGCAGAGCAAGAAGCAGCAUUUGAAAAAUGGAGCUUUUUGUCUGUCCCUCCUGUCGCCUGGUUCUCUGGGACCCGGUGACCGUCUCCUGCGGCCAUUCCUUCUGCAGGAGAUGCCUGGGCGAAACCUUGCCUUCCGAGUGCUGCCUCUGCGGGGAGAAACUCGGCCUCCUGGGCUCGCGGACGCCCAGCUCGAACGUCCUACUCGGGAACUUGCUAGAAAAGGGCUUGAAUACGGCCGCCAAGGUGGCCCGGUUGAAAAGGGACCUGCGGGAGCUGGUGAGCAACAGGGACUUCCAGGAAGCGCUGAGGACGCUUGAGAAGGGAAUCGACUUGGCUCCAGAUGAUCUUACAUUGAGGGUGUGCAGAUCGGAGCUUUAUGUGGCUUUACAGGAGUAUGAAGGGGCUCUUGAGGAUUUGGAGAUUCUAUGCAAGCGGAAGCCAGAAGAAUGUGAAGGCUUUUUUAGAAAAGGGAAAGUGCUCUUGGACUUAGGGAACCAAGCAGAGGCCCUGCUGCAGUUUCAACAUUGCCUUACACUGGAUUCCAGUUUUCAUGCUGCUGAAUAUGAAAUAGAAAAGAUUCUCACGAAUGAUGCCUCCCCUACUCCUGGUACUCUUAAGGAGUUGAAGAACAAUGGCGGUCAGAACUUGGAAGGUUGUAAUUCAAGGGAACAGUUGACUUUUCUUGGGAGUUUUGAAGGCGAAACCCUAUUGGAUAUGAAGACACAAAAAGAAAACUGGCUGGAAGACACUAUGCCUGAUCCUAGCCAGGCAGCACUUCCCAUGUCUCAAUGGAUGAGGAAGAAGUUCAGAUCAGACCUUUCUGCAAAUAAAGAAGAUUCGGAGGAAGAGGAGGCCUCACCAGAGACUUCAGGAACUAGAUCACCAGAUAUAAAAUCUGCGAAAGACUAUUGUCUAGACUUCAUGGGCUUCCUGACUACAUCAGACUUGGAAUGUUCCCUUUGUAUACGUAUGUUGUAUGAACCUGUCACCACACCAUGUGGCCACACCUUCUGCAAAGAGUGUAUGGAGCGUUGCUUAGACCACCGACCCAACUGCCCACUUUGCAAGCAAAGCCUGCAAGAGUAUCUGAAAGCUGGAAAAUACAAUACUACCAUUCUGCUUGAAGAGUUGAUGACUACAGUCUUUCCUUCACAGCUGGCAGAAAGGAAACUGGUCCACCAAGCUGAAAUGGUAGAACUUUCAAACCUAAACAAGAAUAUCCCCAUCUUUGUGUGCACCAUGUCGUUUCCAGGUCUUGUAUGUCCUCUUCAUGUGUUUGAACCUCGCUAUCGACUCAUGAUGCGAAGAUGUCAGGAAACAGGCACAAAGAUGUUUGGCAUGUGCAUGUAUGAAAAUGGAAAAAACUUUGCUGAUUAUGGCUGCAUACUGGAGAUUCAAAAAAUAGCAUUUUUUCCUGAUGGACGGUCAUUAGUGGACACUAUAGGCAAGAGGAGGUUUCGAGUUUUGAGACGAGGGCACAGAGAUGGCUACAACACUGCCGAUGUUGAAUACUUGGAAGAUGAGAAGAUGGAAGGAGAAGAACAGACUGAGCUCCAGAAUUUGCAUGAUUGUACCUAUGAGCUAACCCAGAGAUUUUAUGAACAUGGGGGCAGGACUUUCAGACAGCUUGUGAUGCAUCAUGGACCACUUCCGGAAAAAGAGGAAGACAUACAGGCAUCACCAGAUGGACCAGUUUGGUGUUGGUGGCUUAUAUCUGUCUUGCCCCUUGACUUGACCCACAAGUUGACCAUUUUUUCUGAAACCUCCCUGAAGGCACGCCUCACCCAACUAAAGCAUAUUCUGAACAUCAUUCUGGAAAGUCGUGACUACAGCAACUAAUACUCAGACUUGCCAAACGGAAGUUUUAGAUAACAUAGAAGGCAGGGAAGUGGACACUUCUGGGGAACAAACGACAAACUGAAGAUGGCUUGGCAAAAAACCAGAACUGACAACCACAGAGGAAUGAACCAGCAAAUAGACCAGCUCUUCAUAAGUCUUCUCCAGCCAAGGAGAGGAUUUGAGUUUGCCCACAAGUGCUCUAUAUCGUUGCUCCUCACAAUGCCAAUCUGGUGCCCUCCAGAGGUCCUGGGACUGCAAUUCCUAGGACUUUUAGCCAGCAUGAUUGACUGGGAAAUUCUACAAGUUGUGAUCCCAGCACAUCAAGUAGAUGCCAAGUUAGGGUGGUAAAGCCUUAACGUCUUUAUGUCCCUUUUUAUUGUGAUUAUUUUGUUACUGUAAAACUGACUUCGGAUAUAGUCCUUGAAUGAGGACUCUGAAACUGGUCUGCAGUUGUAGCAAGAUUUACUACAAUGGUAUGUAGUAGUAGCAAGAUUUUUUUGAAUGGGUUUUGGACUGACAGGGCUAAAACGUUCAGUAGUAAGAUCUGAAUUGUAUUCAAGUGAACACAUUUCUAAGCAUCUUACACCAUGAGAAUAGGAAAUAAAACUACAAACGCUGGGACUUCCUGAGGAAAUUUGCCUUAUAUCAUAUAUUGAUGUUUGCAUGGGACUAUUCAACGUAUUCUUCAUAAUGUAUGAUGUUCUUUCUUUCCAACUUAAGUAAAUCACUGCUAUUGACUGUAGGGUAAAAGCCAACUCAGAAAUGCCAAAAGGGCUGAUUUUCUUUCCCGUGUUUUAUUCUGAUUGCUAUUUAAUGAAGAAUUCCAAAAGGGAUCAGAUACAAUGACGUAUGCUGCUGAAGAAGGUAGAUUAGACUACUUCUGUAUGAUAAGAAAGAUAUAAAAGUUAGGUUGGUACAGAUAAUGUGUAGUUAUCCAAAUGUUCGGGAAGUACAAUGAUUUCUUACCAUUUGGAGAGCUAUACUUUCCCACCAGUCUGAAGUAGACCGUUUUAAAGAUUUAAUUUACAGAAAAUGUCUAAAGGGAAACCUGAAAAUGACAACGAAAUUGUAGACAAUUCUCAUGGGGAUGAAGUGAAUAGCUAGAGGACUAACUACGACCUAAAAUGUAUAAUUCAGGAAUUAAUCUAGGCUAAAUUGGCAGAGUAUUCAGCUGAACCAAUCUGCUGCUUAAUUGUACAUGCUGUUAGACAAAUUACCAUGAAUAUAAAAAGUUUGAUGUACAUGCAUAUAAUAUGAACCGAACGUGUACACCUAGGUUUAGUAUAGGGAAUGUCUGAAUAGUUCAUGAAAGGUCAAUCAUUUGUUCAUGUUUAAGAAGUCAUGGGAUUUUUAAAACAACAGCUGCUAAAAUGAUUGGUUUGUAAAAUUUGCCAAAGAUUAGAAUUACUUUUAGAUAAAAUAUUUUUGUGCUCCAGCCUGAAGAAUAUGGAUUCUGAGAAUGAACAGCACUGUACAAUACAAUAUAGGUAGCCCUCGAUUUAUGACCAUAAUUGGGGCUGGAACUUCUGUUGCUAAGUGAUGUCAUAAAAUUACCCAAUUUUAUGAUCUUUUUUGCAGCAAUUGUUAAAUGUAUCCAGCUUCCCCCACUGACUUUGCUUAUCAGAAGCUGACUGCGAGGGGUGCAAGUGCUGAUCACAUGACCUUGGGAUCCUGCAACUGUGAUAAAUAAAUACCGGCUCUCCAGCGCCCAAAUUACAAUCAUAAGACUGGGGAAACUAAUUGCUGUAAUGUAAGGAUCACCUAUAAACCACUUUUUUAGUGCAGUUGUAACUUCAGAUGGUUGCUAAAGGAAUAGUUCUAAAUUGAGGACUAACUGUAAUCUUUUUUGGCAGAUUUUGAACCUGCUGUGAUAUAUAGCUGUGUUUGCUUUUAGUUGUACUUAAAUUUGUACUCCUUAUAACAAUGUAUUUACGUAAUUUAAAAUUGGCUUGUCAAAAAGAAUUAAAGCACUGUAGAUGAAGG